UCCAAUACCCUUUUUUUUUCUGGUUUCAUUUCUUGACUUAGUUUCCAUUCUCUAGGCUAGAGAGUUAAAUAAUAAUUAACCUGAUAAGGUUGGCAGUUGGCUACUUGCUUCUUUGCUUCCAGAAUCACAAAGCAACUCAAAAGAAAUAAAUUAUUUGGUAAACUUCAUGUGAUAAUGUUAAGUCCUUUACUCAAAAAGGAAUCACAUGCAUCUUGUUAUACUUGACUUUGGUAUCAAUCCAAGUUAUUUACUUUUCCCACCUCUAGCAAUUGGUAGUAACUGAUAAAAUUAUGUUUUGCUGUUUCCCCUUAGAGCAUGUUUCUUAGAACCAAGGAAUAAGAUACAGAAGAAAAGUAGAAAGCUUGAUCUCAGCUCAAAACAAAAAUUGCCAACCCCACUUAAGAUUGCAGGCAUAAGCAUAUGGGAGUUUCUUUUAUUUUAUUAAUGUUGGAAAUCAAAUUGAGUUUAGUUUAUUCAGCUUUCGUUGUUCACCAGCUCAUAGGCACAGAAUUUUAUAAUCUCAGGUAGGCAAACUGGAUCAAGUAUUUAAGCGGCACCAAGAAAAUGCUUCUAAGAAGUUCAUCAACCCCAGUUAUAGGAAGCCUCCUCUUCCCUUUCUCUGAUAGUCCAAACAAAGAUCUUGAUACUACUUAUAGGUUGCUUCAUGGUAACCAUAGCAGAAACCUCUUCUGUCAUGGUCAGGAAAACCUUAACUUGACAUCAUUGUCACAUAAUUCGUCUCCACUGUCUCAUUCAACUUCUGGGUUCUCUGAAUUCAAUCAAGAAUCUGGCAGUUUUCACCUUAGAGGCUUUCGAAGAGCUAAGUCUGAAGGAAGCUUAGAAAAAUUAGAUUAUAGUUCUUGUGAUAUAGCUCAGUUUCUUGAUUCCAGAACACCAAAGAAAUCCUUUUGUAGGCAUCAUAUAACAAUGUUGCAUAGUGCACCGUCUUUUUCGAUAUUCAAUGAAGGGCUUGAAGAUGGACAAGGCGGGGAGGAGGCAUUGGAGAGAACAGUUACAAUUGGAGAGAGCAUUGAUGCUGUAGGCAAUGCUGAUUUCAGCUUUGGGAAGAAGUAUAUGGAAUUGAUUCAGGAAGAAGGAGAGGAGGAAGAAGAAAGAGGAAACAGAAUUCAAAGUCCUUACAAUGAAGAAGAAGUUGAUCUUGAACCACCUAGUCCUCCCAUGUAUCUUGCAACAGGUCUUGGAAUUGAUGGUGCUGGAUUUGGUACCAUGGCUGAUGCUGUUGAUUUAAGCUCAAUGGAUCUUGAUGAGGCUCGUGAUCUUGAAGAGUUUCAUAAGAGGCUGGUUAAUGAGUACCCCUGCCAUCCUCUGUUCCUAAGGAAUUAUGCUAAAUUCUUACAGGGAGAUGUUCAUGGAGCAGAGGACUAUUAUCAUCGUGCUACUCUAGCAGAUCCUGAAGAUGGUGAAAUUCUGUCACAGUAUGCCAAAAUAGUGUGGGAACUCCACCAAGACAAAGAUAGAGCCCUUAGUUACUUUGAACGUGCAGUUCGAGCUUCUCCUCAAGAUAGCAACGUCCUUGGAGCAUAUGCCAGUUUCCUCUGGGAAAUAGAGGCUGAUGCAGAGGAAAAUAGAGAACAAGAAGAAUACAUAAAGGUUGAAGAGGAGAAAACUCUCAGGCUAUCCAAGAACUCACAACCUAUAGAAGAAACUGAUCCAGCUAGCCUAUCCUUGCACCCUCCCAAUCCAGGAGGCUUUGGGGUUCAUGCAGAUUAUGUUAAAGCAGCUAAAGGUAUCCGGGAUGUUGAUGUUGAGGAUUAUUAUAGGAGGAUGGUUAAGGAAAAUCCUUGCAACCCUUUGGUUCUUGGCAAUUAUGCACGUUUCUUACAUCAGUCUAAAGGAGAUCUUGAAGGAGCUGAAGAAUACUACUUACAAGCCAUACAAGCUGACCCGGGCGAUGGUGAAACCAUGUCACAAUAUGCCAAAUUGGUGUGGGAUCUUCACCAUGACCAUAAUGAGGCCUCACAUUACUUUGAGCGAGCAGUAGAAGCUACUCCUGAAAAUAGCCUUGUUCUUGCAGCAUAUGCUAGUUUCCUCUGGGAAACAGAAAAAGAUGAAGAUGGAAACAAAACGCAAGACCAAACUCAGGUUUCUCUUCAGCAAGCUCAUAGGCCACUAGAUUCUGAUGCUUCGACAAAAGCUGAAGAUAUUUAGGCAGAGUUAUGGGUUUUAUACUGGGGAUUAACUUUAUGUUGGGACAGAGGAUUUAAAAAGGUUCAGGUGGAGUCAGAUUCUCGGCUUGCUGUCCAGAAGAUUUCUAACUAAAGUUUCCGACCGGAGCAGAAUGCAGAUCUACUCAAGUGUAUCAGGGAGCUAUUUCAACGGUCUUGGAACUGUACCUUAACUCACAUCCAUCGUGAAGUAAAUCAAUGUGCGGAUUGGAUGACCACUCACCAUGAGAAUCUUCUCUUAAGAUUACAUAUUAUGGAUUCUCCACCACCUAAUAUUAGUGCAAUUUUACUUGCAGAUAGUAUGAGUAUUUCCUGAUCUAGAAUGAUAUAGUGAGCUUUAUUUUUCCACUAUAUAUAAAAAAUAAAAAAUAAAAUAAACUUUCAAUAUUCUACCAA